UCUAUAAAAUAUCAAUUUUUAAAUGAAUUUAGUGCUAUUAUUAAACACAUAAAUCGAUUUAUUACAAUAAAAGUGCCGUUAACUGAAGUUUUCGCUAUGUCUUAUAAUAAAUAUAAUACCCGCAAUUCUGGUCGUUUCAACACACCGGGGAGUUUCGUGGCAGCUGGGGAGCACACUGCAGAGCCGGCCGACCCCUGGCACUGGCCACACAGUCGCCAGCCCUUCUCUCACUGUGCCAAAGCCGUCCGCCCUCUGCCUGUGUCGUACUAGAUGAGAGUUUGACACUCUCGAGUCUCUUGCGACAUUUGGCGCCCACCAAGGCAUUGCUUAUUCUUUACCCUAGCUGUCAGGUUAAGAGAUAUCAUAGUUCCAUUUACAAUAAUUAUGCUGUUUCCUAUUUAAGUAUUGCCAUUUUCGUAAUAUUUUAAUUCUUUGCCUGUUGUAUUCAUAUAGGUAGUCUAAUAAAACAAACACAUUUUAAUUUUAAUAACAAUAUUAAAACUAUGGUUCUUAGAAAUAUCAGGUUUGAUGUUCUUGUCUGUCAAGAAGUCAUCUCAUUAAAUAAAAAAGACAGAAGUAGUCACAGAAACUAUAUGUGUUAGAUUAGUAAUGGACUGGUAUCUCAUAGCCUGUAGGCUACUCAGUUGGUGUUAUUGUAAGUGUAGCUGAUGGUGUGAGCUUGUCGGCGAGGUGUAGGCCUCUGCGAGGGUGGCUGAGGGCGAGAAUACAUUAUGGUCACGAGGCUGCAGUUUCGUGCACAUACCGGCUUCUCUAGACUUAGCCUAACAGGCAGCUUCGGCGCGUCGCCGGCGCAGGAGCGCACGCUGCAACCAGUGCAGUACAACAAGCCCCAGCCUCCAACAAACACCAACCCGAUCCAGAAUUACCCUAAAUUUCAAAAUUCCGCGCCGCCGCCUCUGCCGCAACAAGCCCCGCAGCCACCACCACCGAUCGCACCACCGGCUCCUGCCCAGGAUGUGGAUAUGAAAACGGAAGCAAGCGACGCAGGCGACGCUGACGGCCGGCCGCAGUGGAUGAAGCCCAGGCUAAUGGGAGUGAGGAAGAUCUCCAACAAGGAGCGUCGGCGGCGGCAGAACGAGAACCUGCGCCGCCUGCUCACGCCCAAGAGUGCGCUCAUGGUGCUCAACGAGAUCAUGCCCAAGGAGCAGGUGUCCAAUGAGCGUCGGCGGCGGCAGAACGAGAACCUGCGCCGCCUGCUCACGCCCAAGAGUGCGCUCAUGGUGCUCAACGAGAUCAUGCCCAAGGAGCAGGUGUCCAAUGAGCGUCGGCGGCGGCAGAACGAGAACCUGCGCCGCCUGCUCACGCCCAAGAGUGCGCUCAUGGCGCUCAACGAGAUCAUGCCUAAGGAGCAGGUGUCCAAUGAGCGUCGGCGGCGGCAGAACGAGAACCUGCGGCGCCUGCUCACGCCCAAGAAUGCGCUCACGGUGCUCAACGAGAUCAUGCCCAAGGAGCAGUUAUCCUAUCAAUUCGUCAUCGCGCCGGUGGGCGGCAACAGCCAGUACUACAACACCACGGGGCAGUCGUUCUGCGCCGACCUCACGCUGGAGGGCAACAACUACAAGGGAUACGGCGACACCAAGCUGACGGCGCGCAACGCGGCGGCCGAGCAGGCGGUGCGCGACCUCAUCCUGCGCAAGAUGGCCAAGGUGCUGCUGCCCGAGGUGUCGGAGACCACUCCUGCAGCACCCGCAGAGGGGAGCAGUGAGGCGGAGGGCGAGGGCCCGGCGGAGGAGACGCUGCCCAUGAUCCAGCUGGCGUCGUUCGCGCUGCACAAGCUGUUCUCGGAGUGGGAGUACGACGGCCACCGCGUGCCGCAGCUGCGCGCCUCCAACUCUGUCAGCGGACAGACCGCGGAGGAGAGCGCGCCGGAGACGGAGGCGCCGCCGCCGCGCGCCAAGGCGCCGCCCAAGAAGCGCACGCUGCCCGACAACGCGGCCAGCAUGCACCCGUCCAUGCUGCUGUCGUACAUGCGGCCGCAGCUGGAGUACCGCGAGCUCAGCGUGGAGGGCGACCGCCCGCAGAACAUGAUGUUCACCAUGGGCAUCGACGUCGACGGCACCACCUUCAUGGGCAAAGCCACCAACAAGAAGGAGGCGCGCAAGAUGGCCGCGCGCGCCGCCUGCACCGCGCUCUUCGACGUCACCUUCAACGAGUAGACGUCACUUGACACGCGUCACAAUUCGCGUCAUGUGCGUUUGCACCACAACCAUCGAUCUCCUAUCAAAACGUGGAUGCACAAUCAGCGACCAAAAAACGUCCCACUCAAUGAGUGCCAAACACAACUUCUUGGCACUCAAUUCAAGUAGUCGCAUUUGUAAAUUCAAUCUUAAACUCAAUCCUUAAGGUUGAAUUUGCACUGAAUUUGGGAUUUUAUUAAGUAUGGACUAUAUUUAAAGGUAUAAUUAUAAUUAUCUUUACCAAUAAUUCUAAAACUGUCAAAGUAAAAUUGGCUAGUUUUUGAGUGAAAUUUUCUACGUUAUUGUGCGUUCUUUUAUUUUAUAAGAUCAAUUUUUAAAAAUCAAAACCAAAAACACUUGACAUCGGCACAAUCGCUCGACGCGCGCCAGCCGCCAGUAAACCAACAAUUAGUUUACUCUUCAGUCAGCUUACUUGACACCAACCGUUACAGUAAGGAAUAUAUUAAUUCAAAUAUUAAUAUUAUUGUUGAGCGCAAGAGAUGAUUCUGAGGACGUCAUUAGCACGUUCCCCAAUAAAUGGUCGCGUGCCUCGCUCACAGGGCCAGCUGGCCUAUUCACUAACUUUUGAUAAAGUAAUUGUGAUUAUUAAAUAACAGCUGAGGAUACUGAAUGUAUCCAGUCUGUAAAGAAAAUAAUAAAUAUGAAUCAAUCAAAAUAAUUUUCCACUAGUAGGCCCAUAACCUACAACUUGUAUUUUGAUAUGUUUACUACUAACAACUCCACAUUAAUUAGUGAACAUGACAUCUCGCACGUCUCUAUAAAUUAGUUUAUCUAUAAAGAAAGAUAAGAUGUUAUCUGGUGAUAAUAUAGCAUUCUAAAAUAUUCAAUUGAAUACAUUUAAGAGUAGGACACAUGUAGCGUGUGUCGUGUGCUAGAGUGAGAUGUAACUAGUUCCACGUUUCCUCUGAUUGCUGAAUAUUUUUAUAAAUUAAGAUAACAAAUAGUUCUCUAGGUUAAGGCGGAUGGACAAUCUCAUCAACGAGAACUGUUGUCCUUUCGAAAAUCAAAGUCAUGAGUUUUAGUUGAUUAGUUUUAUCAUCCUUGUUAUAUUAACAACCCAUAUCCGGCUCACUGUUGAGCACGGGUCUCCUCUCAGAAUGGAGAUUGGCAGAUUUCACAUGCAUAGAGAAUUUUCAGGUAUGCUGGUAUACCUCACGAUGUUAUUCCUUGACCUAUGUAAUUUCAUAAAAUACAUGUAAGUGAAAAGUUUGGAGGUCGGACUCGAACUUAUAUGCCAGAAAAGAAUUAACGUGUGUUAAGGUUUUAGAUAAUAAUCAUUUAGAUAUUUAUAAAUAAAUUAUAAGCUUUAGUUGUAAGUUUAAAUAUUUAAAGCAACCAUUGCUAUUUAGCAGCCGUGCGCGCAAUACAUACAUUGCAAUAGUUUUACAGAAUAAUAAAUAGAUUUAAAUCAACGGA